AUCGGUAUUCAUCUAAUCGAACGAGCACCUCCCAUUUCGAUACAUUUCUGGAUCAAAGGACAAAGGAUCAAAACUACCUCAUCUCCACAAUACAAAAGCGAGCUACCAUGGGUUUCAUCUCUUGGCUGAUCACGCAUCUUGCCCCGGUCUUUCUUGCUACAUCGCCCGUCACUAGUUAUGCCGAUCAAAUCUAUUCGAUCCAUCGUACGAGGUCGUCAGCUGGGUUUUCCCUCGAUAUUCCCCUCAUCAUGUUGGUAGCGUCAAUCUUGAAGUUGUUCUAUUGGCUUGGAGCGCGCUUUGAUACUUCUCUUCUGAUUCAAGCUGGUUUGAUGGUGAUUGUGCAACUUGUCCUUCUUCGAGUCGCUCUGCAAAACCGUCCUCUUGCCAGCGCUGCCACCAACAUCCAUCAGCCAUUCGCAGCUGGUAGAGAAGGCGACACUCAGAUCAAGCGACCUUUCGACUUCUGGCAAUGGAGGCAAGCAAAGCCAUACUGGAUGUUCCUCGCAUACUUUAGCGCUACCCUGCUCGUGCUGCAAAUCCUGUUCGGUCGCUUGGAUUCAUACGUCGCUUUGCAAGGUUAUGUGGCGCUUGGAAUCGAAGCAACGCUUCCUCUCCCGCAAAUCAUGUCGAACCAGAAGAACCGCAGCUGCAAGGGAUUCCGUCUGAGUGUUCUUGCCAACUGGCUGUUGGGUGAUGCCAUGAAGAUGUCGUUCUUCUUCUUGGCUGAGAGUACUAUCCCUUGGUCGUUCAAGCUCUGUGGUAUCUUCCAAGCAUGCUGCGAUUCGUAUCUGGGUGUACAGUAUCUGAUGUUUGGCGAGGGGCCCGUGGAUACCAUCGAUGGGCUUGCCAAAGAGAUGAAGAAUUUGAGUUGAGGUGGGACCUUACGAUGACAUGUCUACGUACGAAGGCCGCGGCGUCAUACCGUGUUCGUCUUUGUUUGCGGAGUAGAGAUGACAUGUGAGGGACACAGCAGCCAUUUGCCAUGGACUAAUCAGAUGAAGAGACGCCAUUGACUACAUAGCAAGUAGCUACACAAAAUAUAAUCUAUUUUCUCCGCGAUCUCAACUAUGGCUUGGAAUAUUUAAAAGCAGGCAUAGCACAGAUUCGAACGUGCCAGCAA